CUCGACGAACUUCAGACGAUCGAAUGCGCUGUCGCGUCCUUUGACACGCUUAACCGCGUACCAGAAAACGAUUUCGCCACUGUUUCUCUACUGACAUUUUGAUCGUUCUGAUCAUGCCAAGUGUUUACAGAAAGUCACGUAAAUUACGUCGCAGACGAUGCAUACGGGCUAAGUGAAUCGGGAGUUGCGAAAAUUUCGUGCUUUGUUCACCCGGAACUGUGUGCUCGCGAAGCGGACGAAUUGGCACGGUGGGCCGUUAUCGGAUAUAUUUGCUUUAUUGAUAUUUUGACAGACCCGCGGUGCCUAUGCAUAUUUCCAGAACACGUUAGAACUGCAGUGCUUGUUACAUUCAAUUAAUUCGGCAAGUAAUCAUCAUGUCAGAAAUAAUAUAUCCUGCGGGCUGCAGGUCAGUGACAGAAGACUUAGGUCCUGACGAAUUAAUCAGGAGACUUAAGACAUUAGCGCACACAUUACAAGCUAUGGGACAGGAUGAAGGAAUGUACCAGCAGUAUAUUCCACUUGCAUUACAUUUGGCUGAGGAACAUUUCCUGAUGCAUCAGAGUAAAGAUGUACAGCUUCUGAUUGCCUGUUGUAUUGCUGAUGUUCUGAGAGUCUAUGCUCCAGAAGCUCCCUAUAAAGAUGCUGACCAGGUCAAAACAAUCUUCCUGUUUCUCAUUAAACAACUGGCGGGCUUAAAAGAUCCCAAAGAUCCUGCUUUCAAGAGAUACUUUUAUUUACUUGAAAAUUUAGCUUAUGUUAAAUCAUUUAACAUGUGCUUUGAGUUGGAGGAUUGCCAGGAGAUUUUCUGUGCACUGUUUUCCCUUAUGUUCAGAAUAGUGAAUGACGAACAUUCCGGCAAAGUUAAGAGUUUUAUGCUGGAUGUUCUGUGCCCAUUGAUUACCGAAUCGGACAUUGUGAGUAACGAACUGUUGGAUAUUAUACUUAUGAAUAUCGUAGAACCGAACAAAACGCAGAAAAAGAACGCAUAUUUACUCGCCAAAGAGCUGGUAAUUAAAUGCAGCGAUACACUAGAACCAUACAUUCAAGCGUUUUUUAAUCACGUCUUAAUACUGGGCAAAGAAGAGAAGAGUUUGCAAAUUUGCAAGAAAGUUUACGACUUGAUUUACGAACUGAAUCACAUAUGUCCGAGUGUCCUGCUCUCCGUCCUUCCGCAAUUGGAAUGCAAGCUAAAAUCCUCAAUCGAGAACGAGCGAUUGGGCGCUGUAGCGCUGUUGGCGAGAAUGUUCUCCGAAAAAGGCUCGCAACUGGCCGUACAGCACACGCAGCUCUGGAGAGCGUUUCUGGGACGAUUCAACGACAUAAGCGUGUCAAUUCGUACCAAGUGUGUGCAGUAUUCGAUGCACUUCUUGCUGAACCAUCCUGAACUGAGAAAGGACAUUACAGACACUUUGAAGUUACGACAACACGACGCCGAUGAAAGCGUUCGCUACGAGGUGGUUAUGGCGAUAGUAACAACCGCCAGACGAGACUUCGAAGUUGUGUCGGACAGUGAAGAUUUGCUCGAAUUCGUUAAGGAAAGAACAUUGGAUAAAAAGUUUAAAAUACGCAAAGAGGCGAUGUCAGGUUUAGCUAUGAUAUACAAGAAACAUCUGAAUGACGCGGACGUGCCGCAAGCGACGAAGAAAGCGGUCAUUUGGAUAAAGGAUAAAAUAUUGCACGGUUAUUACAUGGCAGGCAUGGAAGACAGGUUAUUGGUGGAGAGAUUGUUGAAUACGUGCCUAGUACCUUAUCAGCUACCUGCUGAAGAGCGAAUGAAGAAGUUGUAUCAUCUCUUGGGUACGAUCGAUGAUCACGCUUCCAAGGCUUUUGUAGAACUUCAGAAACAUCAACUCGCUGUGCGAAGAGCGGUGGUCGAAUGGAUUGAAAUCGUGAAGAAACAGGAAGCGAAGAACGAACUGAUGACGAAAGUUCAUCAGAUAUCGCGCUUUCUGCCGGAACCUAUGAAGGUGCAGGAAUUUCUUCAAAGAUUCAGCACUCACAUGAAAAAAGAUGCUAGAUUGCUGCAGGAAAUGGAGACAAUCGUGCAGCCGAACGUAUCCUGCAAGGAAUGCGCUGACACGAUAACUAAGGUUCUCAAAAAAUUAGGUCAGCCUGUUAUGACCAACCUGUAUUACAACACAAUCAAGAUGCUGCUCGAAAGAGUAAGCUCCGUUAUGAUCGACGAAGAGGCGAUUAGAGUUUUAAUUGGAUACGUCUUGGACUGUCUGAAAGGAGGUAAUGUAAUAGAAGAGGUAGGCCUUAAUCCGAACAAUGCCGGAGAAAAGGGAUUAAGAUUAUUAGUAAUGCUAUCGUUUGUAUUCGGUCCACACUUCCUACACAACGACAUUCUGAUGCAACUGGUUAAUCUCCUCGAGAUAGAAGACGAAAUGGUGGCGCCGCUGGUUCUCUCCAUUUUCACUUUCUUGGGAAAAUACAAACCUUUGUGUGAAGUAGCACCGGACAUUAUGAACCUCAUAGUGCCGAUAUGCAAGAAUUUCUCCGAGACAGGAACGCCAAAGCAGGCGAAACAAGCUGUUAGAUGUCUGUUCGUCAAUAUGACCAACAUUCACGACACCAUCUUCCCCGAGAUCAUCGAGAGAAUUAAAAACACGCUAACACCGACGUCGCCAUAUUAUCGAACAGCCAUAGUCACAUUAGGUCACAUAGCGUAUAAUUUGCCAGAUAAAUAUCAAGUACAAAUAAAAAAUAUGGUGUCCAGAAAAAUAGUUAAGGAAUUACUAGUGAAGGAAAGCAGCGAGCCAACCAAUGAGACCAUCGAAGGAGAUUGGUGCAGAGAAGAUCAAUUACCUGAGGAGACGCGAUGCAGAUUGGAAGGCCUGAAGUGUAUGGCGCGUUGGCUGUUGGGAUUGAAGACCGACGUACUGUCCGCGCAGAAAACAUUCAGAAUGUUGAACGCCUUUAUGAUGAAUAAAGGAGAUUUGCUAUCGCAAGGACGUUUGAGCAAGGCCGAGAUGAGCUGGUUACGAUUACAGGCGGGCUGCUCGAUGCUCAAGAUAUGCGAGCAGAAGGGUGUCGGCGAUCAAUACACCGCUGAACAGUUUUAUAAUCUUUCGCAGCUCAUGGUUGAUGAAGUUCCACAAGUCAGAGAGGCUUUCGGUAGUAAAUUGCAUAAAGGUCUCGGAAGAGGGAUACCAAACAAAUGCCUGCCGUUAGAUUUCAUGGGAUAUUACGCCCUGGCCGGCAAAGAACAAGACAAAAAGUUGAAGUGCAUGCUAAAGACUUAUAUGCAGACAGAUAUAAAUAAGAGGAGGGAUUAUGUGAGGACACUUUCACUGGGUACUGUUGAGCGGGCAAUAGGUCAAUUGCCGCAUAUUUUACCGGAUUACAUGUUGGUUUUCGCCGUACCUAUUCUCGCACAUGAUCCCGAAUUCACGAGUCACUUGAUGGUGAGCCAGUUAAAAGUGAUUCAGCAGUGUCUUUGGUUCAUAUUGGAACCCUUGAUCACGAAGAAUGAACAUUACUGUUACGGAUUUUACAAGAAUCUUGUGGAGCACAUGAAAAGUCACAAAGACGCGUUGAAGCCUGACGACAACAACAUGAAUUAUAAACUCUGGGCUGUUUGUGACUUGGCAAUGAAUGUGAUAUACACAAAAACCACGAACUUCGACAUGAAAGAGUUCCCGAGUGAGGCGCGAAUCCCCACGAUGUACUUCAAACGGUCGGACGACAUGAUAGCCAACACCAAGAAUUAUUUGCCCCCGGAAAUGCAGAUAAACAUGACGAGUACAAAGGUGAAGGGAGCAUUCCACAACACGCUCAACGAGAGACCGCAACGUAGAACCAAGGGCAAACAAAAGGAAGUGGGCAUCGGACCUAACGAAACAGAUGCAAGGCUGCAAGUUGCGGAAGUGGAAUGUAUCGAUGCACAGCCUGCCGAAGCAUCAGAGACUAGAAUUCAUCUACCUGGCUUAGAAGAAGAAAUUGAGGAACCACCAGCGAAGAGGGCAUUAAAGGAAUCGGAUAAAGUAAAUAAAUAAUUUUAGUGAUCACACAACACAGACUAUACAUAAGAGACACUGGAAAGGGAAAAGACUAAAAACAUGAUAAUAAAAAAAGAUUUAAGAAUCUAAAAGAAGAAAUACUUCACAAAUUAGAAAACAGAAUAUUUUGAUUAUGUAUAACAAGUAAACCUAAGUCGUGUAUUUCUAGAGUGUAAGAUGUUAAGAUUAUACGACAGAUUGGCGUAAGCUUGUAAACGGGGAGCGCUCUCUGAACUUGGAAUUUGUGAACGAAACGGAUAUAACGGAUAUAAAAAAUGUAAUAGAACGAAAAGUUUUAUUAUAUCUUUCAUAAAUAAUUUGGUAUUGAUAUUUAAUUUUUUGUGUUACUAUUUUUUUAUAGAUUAACAUGACGUAUUAUAUAAUUUUUACUACGUUAAAACAUUCUUCAGGCGAUCCAGUCUCUUUAUUCUAUAACUUUCAUGCCAACAAUUUUGUUACAAAUUACACAAUAAGGGUGCUUUUGUUUCAGAGAGUAAAAAUUUUUUUUCUUAAUUGUUUAACGAAAUAAAUUUUUGGGGAUUUUGUAGUUUUUUUUCUUCUUUUUAAUUAUUGUAUUCAAUUUUGCACUUUUAUGAAAUUAAAGCAUUUUUUACGUCUCUUUCUUUCUCUCUCCCUCUGUCUCUCUGUUUCACGAAUAUAAAUGCAACGUUGUUUUGCUGAAAAAAAUAGCAUUUUUUUAGUUUUUAUUUUUUUAAAUUUUUUUUUAACAACAAUAUUAUCAGUAUAAUUUAAGAAGUGAACUGGUGAUUGAGAAGUGAGUAAAAUUAAAUCCAUUUUCUGCAAGAGAAAACUUGUAUUCAGAUAUAUUAAAACUAUCGUCACUUUGUAAGCAGUAAAGAAGACUACUAUAGUUUUGUUGCGUAAACGAUAUAUAUUAGAUAAGGAAUUUGUGUGUCUAUUGGCUUUGUGAUUUAAAGUUGUUGGUUUUAAAGGA